AUACCCCUAAUACCUAGCAACAAAUGAAUAGAAAGUCCGUAUUAAAGUAACCAUCUAUUGUAUUCUUAUUUUCUUAACUGAAACUGGUGAAACAUUUCUUAAAAAUAAAUUUCUUUCCUUUUCAGUACCUUUUCUUUCUGCAAUUGAGGGAAGGAAUUAGAAACAACAUGUAUCCGUUUAAACGAGGAAAUUUAAACAUCAAUUUAACAUACAAUGAUUUCGUUCCGUUAAAUUUUAUUCGUAUUAGCGGGUUAUCCGAUAUGCAAUUAAGUGGGAACGACUGUACCAUAAGGGGCUGCUGCGGGAAUGUUUUUAUAUUAAUAUACUUGUGGUCAAUCCUUUUCAGGAAUCUUCCUCGUUCCAUCCUCAUUGGUAUUCCACUGGUGACUGUCUGUUACGUAUUGACCAACAUAUCCUAUCUGACCGUUCUAUCUCCAUCAGAACUACUCGCUUCUGAGGCUGUUGCUGUGGGCUUUGCAAAUCGUAUGUUAGGACCAGUGUCCUUCAUCAUUCCUAUAUUAGUAGCUGCAUCUGCGUAUGGAGCAUCGAACGGAACUGCACUCAUCGCCUCAAGGUAAAGAUUGUCCGAAAUACUUCUCUUUUUCAAAA